UCUAACUACGUUCAUUGAGCGGGACGCCGCGCCGUAUGGCCAUUGUGUUGUGUUAUGUCGCAUCGUAUAAAUUGCGUGAUUCACGUGCAAUAGAAAUGCUCAUGAGAAAUGUAAGUUAUUAAGGAUAAAAGGACGGUGGUGUAUAAGUAGCGAGGAUAAUCUCAUCUUGUGCCACACCCUGGCUUUGCCGAUGCUGAACAUUGAAUUCCUGUCAUUUCCAUCACGUCAGGCUAUAAAAUGAGAAUGCAUCCUAUGUGGUUAGUUCUUUUGUGCUUUUUUGGAACUACGAAUAUUGUAUUAACGCAAAAUGUAUUUUAUGAGGAAGAACGAUAUAAAUGCCCUCAGAAUUGGGUUACAUUUCAAGAAUCUUGUUAUCGCUUUAUUAAAAGUCCAAUAAAAGCACGAGAAGAUGCCAGAAGAAAUUGUCAAGCUUAUCAGAGUGAUCUAGUAGCGAUUAAUUCUUUGGAAGAACAUGGAUUUAUAUUAUAUCAAUUGUUAUGGCAAGAUCCUCAGCACCGUCAAUGGUAUACCGGUAUUAAGUAUCAAGGCGGAACUUGGAUAAAUGAAGCAGACAAUACACAGUUAGUAAAUAUGGAUAAUGCAUUUUUACCUGAACCCUCUGAUAAUAUUUUUGGAAGAGAUUACUUGGCGUAUUCUUAUCACAAUAAUUUACAACGUUGGGGCUUGGAAAAGGUUACAGGCAUAGAUAAAUUAUUGUAUAUUUGUGAGGCACCUAUUUCUAAUUUGCAUAAUUUAGUUGAGGAUGAUCGUACAUAUGAAUAUGGCGUUCAUGUUAUUGAUCCUUUGAAAGUACCAAGAGGACCAUAUUUUAUCAAGCAACCUGCCAGUAAAGUAUUUGAUGUGUCAAAUAGAAAAACAACUAAUGAAAUUUCUUUGAGUUGUUUUGCUGGUGGUUACCCAACACCGACUUAUGAAUGGUUUAAGGAAGAAUAUGAAAGUGAUAGAUUAAUGGCAACAAAGAUAGAUCCAUUGUUAAACACUAGAUAUACUAUAAGUGGUGGUACACUUAUUAUUUAUGACCCAGAACAAACAGAAGAUCGAGGUACUUAUCAUUGCAAAGCAACAAAUAUGUUUGGCACUAUUAUAUCAGAAAGCGUUGAGCUUUCUUUUGGAUAUAUUUUGGAAUUUAAUUUAAAACGUUCUGAAGAACGAGGAGACCAGAAUUGGGGCAAAGCAAUUUAUUGUGACCCACCUCAACAUUUUCCUGGUGUAAAAUAUAAUUGGGCACGUGAAUAUUUUCCAAAUUUUGUGGAAGAAGAUAAACGAGUAUUUGUAUCGUAUGAUGGUGCUCUUUACUUCUCUGCAUUAGAAACAAUCGAUAGAGGCAAUUAUUCAUGUAAUGUCCAAAGUGAAGCAUCUAAUACAGGACGUAAUGGACCAUUUUUCCCAUUGAGAGUCGAUCCACAUUCAUCAUUUCAACAACUAAAAUUUCCUAAUAACUUUCCAAAGGCAUUCCCAGAAGCACCUGUAGCUGGUGAAGAAGUCAGAUUAGAAUGUAUAGCGUUUGGAUAUCCAAUUCCUUCAUAUAACUGGACUAGAAGAGGUGCUCCUUUACCAAGAGGUGUAUACACAACAAGUUACAAUCGUGUAUUGAUAAUACCAUACGUACAUGUGGAAGAUCAAGGAGAAUAUGUUUGUAGAGCACAUAAUGAUAGGCACUCUAUUGAAAAUUCAGUAAGAUUGUCUAUCCAAGCUGCUCCCAAUUUUACUAUACCAUUAACAGACAAACACAUGGAUAAUAGAGGAGAGUUAACAUGGACUUGUGAAGCUUUUGGUAUUCCAGAUGUAACAUAUAAUUGGUUUAGAAAUGGAGAGUUAUUAGAUAUGGAAACGCUUCCACCAGAAGAUAGAGAUCGUUAUCUCAUUCAAGAUAAUGUUUUAAAAAUAACACGAUUAGAUCCAGAAACAGACCAAGCUAUGUAUCAGUGUCGUGCUAAAAAUCAACUGAAAACAAAAUAUUCAUCCGCUCAGCUAAGAGUUUUAUCAUUAAAACCAUCUUUUAAAAAAAGACCUAUGGAAUCUGAGACAUAUGCAGCAGAAGGAGGUAAUGUUACUAUCAUCUGUAAUCCUGAAGCUGCCCCCAGACCGAAAUUUGUAUGGAAAAAGGAUGGUAAUGUGAUUGGUGCUGGUGGUAGACGUAGAAUUUUAGAGAAAGGAAGUCUGGUAAUCAAACCAGUUUCACGAGACGACGAAGGAACUUACGUUUGUACGGCUACGAAUGAAUAUGGAAGUGAUGAAACUCGAGGAAGACUUAUCGUAUUACGUGGUCCACGGUUAGUGGAAGCUUUACCACAGCGUAUUAUCAUUGCUGUAAAUCAGAAUCAAACAUUAUACUGUUUAGCGGAAAAUGAUGAAAUGUUAGACGUAGCAUAUAUAUGGACGCACAAUGGUAUGCGUAUCAGAGAAAAAGAUACUAUCAACAAUCCAAGGUUAAACAUUAAUGGGGGAACAUUAAGUAUCAUUAAUUCGACUCUCGGCGAAGCUGGAGAAUACGAAUGCAUAGUUAAAAGUGCAGUGAGUCGAAUUUCGAGUAAAACUAUAGUAAUUGUGGAGGGACCACCAGGUCCACCAGGAGGUGUUCAAGUUGUCAAUAUAGUUAGAACAUCGGCAACGUUACGUUGGACCGAUGGUGCGCUCAAUGGUAGAUCUAUAUUGAUGUAUACUAUUAGUGCAAGAACAAAUUGGAAUCAGACAUGGUUUAAUCUUGUAGAAAAUAUAACAGCUGUCGAGGUUGAUAGAUACAAUGGUCGUAAAGAAGCAUUCAUCGAAAAUGUAUUAAAUCCUUACACGACUUACGAAUUUCGUAUAGCAGCUUUCAAUGAACUCGGUUAUGGACUACCAUCGAUGCCAUCCCCUCAAUAUAGUACACCGUCGAAUAAACCUACCAAACCACCGAGUAACAUCGGUGGAGGAGGUGGAAAAAUAGGUGAUCUUACAAUGACAUGGACCCCAUUAUCUCCGUCCGAUCAAAAUGGUCCUGGCGUUCAUUACAGAGUUUUCUGGCGUCGUAAAGGUCACGAAACUGAAUUUCAAUCUCUACUAUUACGUGAAUAUGGUAACGUUGGUAUAUGCGUUGUACAAAUCCAGCACGAAUAUUAUUAUACCGAGUACGAAGUAAAAGUUCAAUCGUUAAAUGCAAUUGGUUCUGGACCGGUUUCCGAUAUAUAUACGAUCUUUAGUGCCGAAGAUAUGCCACAAGUGGCACCGCAGCAAGUCGUUGCUCAUGGUUUCAACAGUACAAGUUUGAACGUCAGUUGGGCACCUAUUGAACAAACUCGUGAAAAAGUUCGAGGGAAAUUAAUCGGUCAUAGAAUAAAGUACUGGAAGGAAAGUAAUAAAGAAGAGGAUGCCGUAUAUUACCUGUCUCGUACCACGAGACCGUGGUCACUCGUUGUGGGAUUACAACCUGAUACUUACUAUUACGUUAAAGUUAUGGCCUAUAAUUCUGCCGGAGAAGGGCCUGAGAGUGAACGCUACUUAGAGAGAACUUAUCGUAAAGCUCCACAGAAACCACCGUCUUCGGUCCACGUGUAUGGAGUGAAUCCAUCAACGGUUAGGGUUGUGUGGCGCUACGUCCAACCAAGCUUAGAAGAAGAACCAUUAAUAGGCUAUAAAAUACGUGUAUGGGAGGUAGAUCAAGACAUGAGUACUGCAAACGAUACCAUUAUCCCUGGAGGUUCUGAACUUGAAGCCGAUAUCACAAAUUUGAGCCCUGGCAAAGCUUAUCAUUUGAGAGUACUCGCAUUUAGUAAUGGAGGUGAUGGACAUAUGUCCAGUCCUGCGCAUACAUUCCAAAUGGGUGAUGCUGCUGCUUUUAGAAGCAGCGCGGGAAAUAAAAUCCUAGAUGCUAGUUUAGGUAUAUGCUUAUUAUUACUUUUAAGAGCCUUCAAUUACGUUUAAAUGUAAUUGAAGAUUUCAAUUUAGAUUUAUCAAAAGUCAUAGAUCGAAGUACGACUAUAAAGUUUAUUAAAAAGAUCUUAAAAAGUAUUCAUACAAAAAUGCUAAUUCUUUGAUGUAGCUUAUAAAAAUAUUUAAGAAAAGAGGAAGCAUGAGCCUAUAUAAUGUUUAUUAGGAAGCUCUAAAGAAAAGUAUUUAUCAAAACGCAGAUUAAAUUUAGCUUAGAAGAAGCCGUGAGGCGAAGUACGAUUAUGAAGUUUAUCAUAAAAGAUCUUGAGAAGAUAUUUAUCGCAAAAUGAGAAGUACAUUUUUAUAUCGAUAUUAAUCGAACGUUAGAGAUAAAGAAGGUAUAUAGAAAACGUUACAGAUGUUUACAUAUUUUCUAGAGAUUGACAAUAGAUCAUUAUCUCUCUUAUCUUUAAUCUAUUCUAUAUUAGCUAUAUAUUUUAACUAUAUGUUAAAAAAACAAUUCGUAUUUAUAAAAGAUUCUUAAGGUGCCUUUAGAUACUUCUUACUGCCUUAUUACUGAGAUCGCAUGUGACCAUGGAAAACUCUGUAAUGCUUUUUAUAUAUCUUAUCUUAUUGUUAUUAAUAAGAUUUUAUAUAUCUAACUUUAAUUAACCGAAGUGUUCUUAUAUCACUAGAGAGCAAUAGUACAUAUACCUUUGUAAAUAGUAGAUUAUUAACAAUCGAGUUAACAGUAGUCGUCAUUUUUUGUGACUAUACUGUUACAUUUAUAAAAAAAAAAAAGCAAGAUAAAAAGUAUAUAUAUAUAUAUAUAUAUAUAU